AUGGCAUCAACAGAAUCAACGAAUUCUCAUGUUCGAUGUGCUCCAUCUUUACCAAGUAAUCGUUUAACCAUUGCAGACUUAUUUGAUACACAUGCAGGUCUUGGUAAACCAAAGCUUGAUCGUCUACGUGAACAUCUUCUCGCUGAGGGACGCCUUCAAGAAGAUGCUGCUCUAUUGAUAAUUGAACGUGGUGAAGCUUUACUACGUGCAGAGAAUAAUUUAAUCGAUUUAGAAGCCCCAAUAACUGUUUGUGGUGAUAUUCAUGGACAGUUUUAUGAUCUUAUGAAAUUAAUUGAAGUUGGUGGUCCACCAGCAUCAACACGUUAUUUAUUUAUGGGUGAUUAUGUUGAUCGUGGUUAUUUUUCUAUUGAAUGUGUUUUAUACCUAUGGGCACUUAAAAUUCAUUAUCCGGCAACAUUUUUUCUUCUUCGUGGUAAUCAUGAAUGUAGACAUUUAACUGAAUAUUUUACAUUUAAAACUGAAUGUAAAAUUAAGUAUACUGAACGUGUUUAUGAUGCUUGUAUGAAAGCAUUUGAUUGCUUACCAUUAGCGGCUCUUAUUGAUAAACAAUUUUUUUGUGUUCAUGGUGGUCUUUCACCAGAAAUUCAUACCUUAGAUGAUAUAAAAAAAUUAGAUCGUUUUAAAGAACCCCCACCUUACGGUGCCAUGUGUGAUCUAUUAUGGAGUGAUCCAGUUGAAGAUUAUGGUCACGAAAAAUCUUAUGAUGAAAAAUAUUUAUUUAAUGCAACACGUGGCUGCUCAUAUUUUUAUACAUUUAAAGCUGUUAAUGAUUUUCUUGCGCGAAAUUCUUUAUUAACUGUUAUACGUGCACAUGAAGCACAAGAUGUUGGCUAUCGUAUGUAUCGAAAAUGUCCACAAAGUGGUUUUCCAUCGUUAAUGACAAUAUUUUCUGCACCGAAUUAUCUUGAUGUCUAUCAAAAUAAAGCAGCUAUACUUAAGUAUGAUACAAAUAUAGUUAAUAUAAGACAAUUUAAUUCUUCACCACAUCCAUAUUGGUUACCAAAUUUUAUGAAUGUUUUUACAUGGUCUUUACCAUUUGUGGGUGAAAAAGUUACAGAGAUGUUAAUUAAUAUCUUAAAUAUAUGUAGUGAAGAAGAACUUAUAACAGGUUUAUCGUCUGAUCAACAAAGUGAUAAUGAAAAUCAAUUUCGUCGCGAGGCUAUACGUUCAAAAAUACGUGCCGUUGGAAAAAUGGCUAAAGUUUACGCAUCAUUACGUGAAGCAAGUGAGAAUGUUAUUAAUUUAAAAGGUCUUGCGCCUGUAUCACCGUCAUCGUCAUCGUCAUCUGCAAGUCUCAGUGAAAUUGGUGACGACGAAAGCGAUUCAACAGAACAUCGAAAAGCGCCAACUGAUUUUUCAUUUUCAACAGCUAAAACUUAUGAUCAAAUAAAUGAGCGUAUGCCACCAUGGUCUGAUGCUGAACGACAACAACGUCUAGCAAAUAAAAAUCAACCAACAACAAUAAACGAAGAUGAUGGUGAUGAUGAUGAUGAUUCAAAUAUACACAGCGUUGAUAGUGAAGAAGAACAAUCACUAGACUCAAAAACCGAAAGAGAAUCAAUGACACAUACACCUUUGCUUGUUAUACAAAAAGAUGAUGAAAAAUUUGUCGAUGGAACUGACGAUACUCCAUUGACUACAGUAUCAUCUCAACCUCCUUCUUCAUCAUCGAAUUCAAUAAUCGAAACAAAAUCUGAUUCAUCUUCGACCACUGUCAAAUCUAUUCCCGGUGAUAAUCAUGAUGAUAUUGAACAUAUUGAACUAAAAUUUAAUAAUAAAACUUCUGAUGAACAAUCAAUAGCAAUUAGUCAAAAGUCACCUAUAAGUAAUAGACAUUCUCUUAAUAACAAUCCUCACUCAACAUCAAGCGGUGGUUUUUCAUUAAAAAAUCCUGUGAGCUCAUUUCGUUCGUGGGUAUCGAAUAAAAAAUCUUCAAAAGAAGAUUCAUUAUCAAGUGAACAAUCUUCAAGUUCAACGUAUAAAAAAAUUGAUACAUCACCAACACCACGUAAAUCUUCUUUUGGAUCGGAAGCAACGAAACGAAAUCGAACCAAUUCAGCUUCGGCUACAACAACAAAUAAUCAUGAUCAAGACAUUCAAAUUAAUGCAACAUCUCCAAAUAAUUCCCAGCGUGUUAAAAAGAAAGCAUCCUUUUCAUUACGUAGUAGUAAUCCAAUAUCAUUACUUAAACGUUCACCUGAGACACCGAAUAAUACGAAUGAAAAUGAAUCCAAUGAACAGAUAGGAACAGGAGGAAGUGGUCCUUUCGGUUAUUUAAAAAAUCUUGUACGAGGUGAAAAGCAGUAG